AGGUUACAUCAAAUGAUUUCACUUCAUACCCGCCAGGGGUGGGACGUUUUCAAUUAACUCGCCUUCGCUGUUUUCGUCCCUCUUUUUUCGUCUUCGCUGUUUUCGUCCCUCUUUUUGGGAUUUUCAGGCCCACUUUAUUAUUACCUUCAAUUAACACCUGCAAGAACAACAUUUUAGUGUCUGCGCUAAUCCACGGAAUUCAAAUUUACAUGUUUAAAUUAUUGAGCAAACAACUGACCCUUGUUCUUAGUCACUCCACUAGUUUUGCAAUGGCUGAUAAUGGUAGAGCAAUCACCCUGGUUGAAACUCAACACGGGGAACCACAGAAAGAAUGCUGUGGAUGCAUCUCCAAACCCAAAGUUGUGAAAAAUAUUGGGAUCACUCAUACUGUUCUUGGCAUUAUUUCAAUUGUUUCGGGCAUUUUAGCGAUUAUCUUCACAAAUGUUGUAUCCGAGUAUUAUUAUUGGUGGAAUCCAAGGGCAUAUUUUGGAAGUGGAAUCUGGGCAGGAACUGUGUUCACUGCUCUUGGGAUUGUUCUUAUCCAUGCCUCGAAGUUCAAGACAAUAUGUCCGUUCGUUGCUGCUUUGGUCUUGUCCAUCAUUGGUGUACCUGUUGCUGCCAUAGAUCUUAUGCUUGUUAUGUCUGGGCCUUUAGAGAGUACACAGUAUGUGACAAACUAUGAGCACAUGCAAAGGUACAAUCCUCAAGCAUUUGACAAGCUUGAAAACGCCUCCUCCCCUGCUAUACCACCUGGAGCAUUAAACCCUGUUCCUUCCCUCACAAUACUUUAUUCUGUUAUUACACUCACAGGGUUGGUGGAAGGAAUUCUAAUCAUUAUUUCAAUAGUGGUCGCAAGCAAGCCAAUUUGCUGCAGAAAAAAUAUGACAUACAAUGGAUAUGAAGAAUGUCCGGAUGAAAGUGGAGAAGAAAACCAACUCCAGUUAACGCAACAUUCAGGUGGCCACGUGUUAUAUAUCCUACAAGCUAAUGGGACCGUUCUACCUGUUCAACAUAAUGCCAUGCCACCAAACAAUGCCAUGCCACCAAAUGAUGCCAUGCCACCAAAUGAAGCCACGCCACGUGAAAUUUCUAAGCAACCAGCUGAACAAGAUAAUGAAAGCAUUGAUUCCAUGCUCUUAGAUGUGAGAGACUCACAGUAUUGAUGUCAGGCACAACUCCUGUAUAUUGAACUGCUGCACAAACCCUACUGGAAUGUUCUGGAUUAUCCAUACAGAAGCAAAAUCAUCUUUAUGUAAACUCUGCUUUGUACUUUUAGGUAAAACCUAAUAAUAUUAUAACCACUUUUUCACUUCCACUGUAUUUUAUUUUUGCAUCACUUUUUUACUCAAUUUUAUGAAACCACUGUUUUAUUAAACUGCACUUUUUACACAGUUUUUGGCUUCAAA